AUCCGACCGAGCGCGUCCCAUGUCGCCCAACAGCCGCUUAGCCUCCGUCGACGAGCGUCCUGCCUCCAAGUUAUUUUCGGUGGCGGAGAUCGAACCUGCCUGCUUGUACCUAUGUGGUGCCUCAGUGAUCAGAGAGAGGAUGCUCACCGAGCUGGGUAUCACCUGCCUCAUCUCAGCUUGUCCAGAACUUCCAGAACUCCCUCUACCAAGCUCCGUGAGCCAAUGUUGCAGGUUGGAUAUCCGGGAUGUCCCCAUGGCCAACAUCGCAGUGCACCUUUCUCCUGUAGCCGACCUCAUAGCUAAGGUAAAAGAAGAAGGUGGCCGAACAUUGGUACAUUGUGUUGCCGGUGUAAGUAGAUCUGCAUCCCUCUGUAUAGGAUAUCUCAUGAAAUCAAAAGGAAUGUCUCUAGAAGAAGCUUACAACCAUGUCCUGUCGUGCAGACCCUGCAUCAGACCAAAUAAUGGUUUCUUCGAACAGCUUAUACAGUUUGAAAAAGAACUAACAGGUUCCAACAGUGUAACAAUGGUUUAUAAUGAAGCUGCAAAAGCUACCAUUCCCAAUGUCUAUGAAUCAGACUAUGAAAAUACAAUAAGGUAUAUUAAUCGUUCGAUUGGUAUAAAAUAAGAGAAUCUCUACUAUUAUUUAAAAAAUUUAUAUUUUCUGAUUAUAGGCUGAUUUGUGGACAGUAAAUUGUUUAAAUGAAGGGAAUAUUAGAUAAGACAAAAAAUAUUUUGAAGCAAAUGUGAAAAGUAUUAUUUAUUCUCGCUAGACUCAGGCAUGUAGGCAAGGGAGGUUGAAUCUCCUGUAUCGUAGGUAGUGUACAUUACAUGAAACUUUAUACAGCUACAUUUACCACUAUAUCCGUUGACACUCCAAGAAUGUUUUAGAAGCAAUUUUUAAUGGAUUCAUUACCACAAAACUUUAAAAAUUUUCUUUGAUACAGGAAAGAAUACAGUAUCUUAAAAUUACUAAACUGUCCAAUCAAUAAAAAAUCUGUACCUCUGCCCAAAGCAGGCAUCAAGUAAACCUUAAAUAUCGGUUUAAUAUUUUAUGAUUGUUCGAUAAAAUAAAUGUCGAACAAAUUUAAACAGAUUGUAAAUAUUUUUAUUUAAGUUAUUGGUUUGGAA